GGACUGCGACUUCAUUCAAUCCGUGAACUCUUCUCUGUGUUUGACGCUGCCAUCAUGACUAACCUCAAUGAACAAUAUGAGGAGAAGGUUCGUCCCUGCAUUGACCUCAUCGACUCUCUCCGCUCUCUGGGUGUCGAGAAGGACCUGGCGCUGCCUGCCAUCGCCGUCAUAGGAGACCAAAGCUCGGGGAAGAGCUCCGUGCUGGAGGCGCUGUCAGGGGUAGCUCUGCCGAGAGGAAGCGGUAUCGUAACAAGAUGUCCACUUGAACUGAAGAUGAAGAGAAAGAAUGAUGGAGAGGGGUGGCAGGGAAAGAUAAGCUACCAGGACCACGAGGAGGAGAUACAGGACCCCGCAGAUGUGGAGAAAAAGAUUGAAGAAGCUCAAAUUCAAAUUGCUGGGGUUGGUGUGGGAAUCAGUGAGAACAUGAUCAGUCUGGAGAUUGCCUCUCCUGAUGUUCCAGACCUGACGCUUAUUGACCUGCCUGGCAUCACUAGAGUGGCUGUACACGGACAGCCAGUGAACAUAGGAGAGCAGAUAAAGAAACUGAUCCACAAGUUCAUCACAAAACAAGAAACUAUCUGCCUGGUGGUUCAUGCAUGCAACGUGGACCUGGCAACCACAGAGGCUUUGCAGAUGGCACAGGAGGAGGAUCCUGAAGGAGAGAGGACUCUGGGUAUCUUGACCAAGCCUGACCUGGUGGACAAAGGCACGGAGCAGAUGGUGAUUGACAUCCUCCAAAAUGAGGUCAUCCACCUGAAGAAGGGCUACAUGAUUGUCAGGUGCAGGGGUCAGCAGGAGAUCAUGCAGAAGGUGUCUCUGGCUGAAGCAAUAGAAAGAGAGAAGGCCUUCUUUGCAGACCAUGCACAUUUCUGCUCUCUCUAUGACGACGGCCAAGCCACUGUUCCCAGACUGGCCGAGAAACUCACACUUGAACUGGUGCAUCACAUUGAGAAAUCUCUCCCUCGACUGGAAGAGCAGAUAGAGGAAAAACUUGAACAGGCUCAGGCGGAGCUGGUGAGAUAUGGCACUGGACCCCCAUCUGAUGCAGCUGAGAGGCUCUACUUCCUCAUUGACAAAGUGACCGCGUUCACUCAGGACACCAUCAGUCUGGCUGCGGGAGAGGAACUCAGGUGUGGAGAGAAGCUCAAUAUCUUCUCUGCACUCAGGAGAGAGUUUGACAAGUGGAGCAUCCACCUGUCCCACACAGGACAGAAGUUUAACGCGAGGAUUGACAAAGAGGUAGCGAUCUAUGAAGACAAAUAUCGCGGGCGAGAACUGCCCGGCUUCAUCAACUACAAGACCUUUGAGGUCAUGGUCAAGGAGCAGAUCAAACAGCUGGAGGAGCCAGCUGUCAAGAAACUCAGGGAUAUUGCAGAUGCUGUUAGGAAAUUGUUCCUACAGCUGGCCCAGUGUAGCUUCACCGGAUUUCCUAACCUCGUAAAAACAGCCAAGGCAAAGAUCGAAACCAUAAAACUAGAAAGAGAGUCCACUGCAGAGUCCAUGCUGAGAACCCAGUUCAAGAUGGAAAUGAUUGUUUACUCCCAGGACAGAACCUACAGCAACAGUUUGAGUGACAGGAAGAAAGAGGAGAGUGAGGAAGAAGAAAGACGGAAAGGUCCCAAGCUUCAUAAAGAAAGGAACUGCAUGGAUAAUCAUGCAACACUCCAGGAGUUGAUGUUACACCUUAAGUCAUAUUACAACAUUGCCAGUCAGCGUCUGGCUGACCAGGUACCGAUGGUUAUUCGUUACCAGAUGUUGCAGGAGUCUGCUGUGCAGCUGCAGAGGCAGAUGAUGCAGAUGAUACAGGAUAAGGAGAAUAUGGAGUUCUUGCUGAAGGAGGAUCUAAACAUAGGCUGCAAGAGGGCCACCCUGCAGAGUCGCAUCAAGCGCCUCAUGAAGGCCCGUGCAUACCUGAUGGAGUUCUAAUGUUGGGUUUACGUUCUUUUCUCAAAUACACAGCACAGCUUUAGUUUUUUAUUUCGUGCAGUACGAUUGUUUCGUACUUUGUCCCGUGGAGACUUUUUCAAGUCCUCAAGUUUCCUGAAACCUCUUCCUGCCAAACCCGUUUUCAGUCUGCACUCACGUAACAUCAGAUUCUUCGGAUAAAACCAAACACACACAUGAAAACUGUUUGACCGGCAGUAAAAAUGAAAGCAAUGCAUUUCAUUGAGAUAUAGAGAACACAUAGGUCAGGGAUUAUGUCCAAAGGAAGUGUUUAUUGUGUGACACUUUGUUUCAUGAUUGCUUACACACUUAAUAGGAACAUGAAAUAGACCUGUCACUCAAAGGAGUAACAUGAAGUUACUUCUUGGCCGCUGCCACCGUCCUGCUGCUGAUUGGUUUGUCUCACUCAGUUUUUUCUCCAGUUUUGUCAGUUAGGGAGGUCAUUUGUAGUAUUUUGAAUUUGAGUAUUAUCUCCUCAUCAACUCACCAUUUCCAAUGAAGGAAAUGUGGCUUCAUUUGCACUCCAGGUCUUGAUGCUUUAUUCUGAUAUGUUGCCUAUAUAGCACCGGUUGAAGGAGGGUCAUAUGAUCAUAGAUGCAUGUUUAUUUAUGUCAUUUUUAAGGUCGUGUUGAUUGUGGAGUAUCUGAUGUGUCCAGUCAUGUUGUCAAAACAAAUGCACAUGUCUGAUUUAUUUCCAGAUAUGUGCAUUUUCCGACGCUGUCAUGGGUCAUUUCUGAAUCGUGGGAGGAAAAGAUCAGAAUGGGUCACUUGCACUGUGCAGUGUAAAUGCGGCCCAAGUCAAAUAGAUGGUCUUAUCUGUACUUUCUCUCAUCCACAUGUGAUGACACAGGCAUAACUGCAACUUCCAGACAAUCCACAAGAUGGCGCUCUGACAUAAGCAGUGUAUUGAGCAUCAUUUGACAGUUGUUUUCAUUGACUCUUUUUCACAGAUCAGACUUGAACGUCAUAUAAACGGCACUUGUUCAACCUCCA